AUAUUAAUUACAUUAUUUGAUUAUCAGCUCGAACAUCCCCUAGCAGGGAACAGGGAUAUUAUAUUAGUGAUAAGCGUUCUUAUAAUUGUAUUUCUCAUUGAUUCUGCAAGUUUGUAUUGUCUAUUCGCAUUAGUCAAAGUAAGCAUUAUCAUGAUCUCAUGCAUUUUUGGUGACUUCCUAAAUCAUUAUUUAGAUUGAGAUGAUAAAUUGCGGUCAGAAGUCAUUAUAUGAUGUUGACUGGAGGAAUAGGAGAGAGUAGUGGUUGAAAAAUGCUUCUGAGAUGCUGUUUAAACUAAAUUCCAAAUGCAUGACAUUGUGCAGCUACUAGCUAGUUUUGUUGGUUUGUCGGCAGUUGUUAAUUUCACCUAGCUAUGAAGCAGUUAAAGAGUUGCCAGAUGAGGCCAUGCUGCUCAUUUGCGCAUGGCUUUGCCCCUAAAGAUUUGAGAGGCCAGAGAAAGAGCUCGAAUUCUUUCAUUUUAAUCAUUUUAACUUUUAUGGGAAAGAAGCUGUCAUAGAGUCUGGUCGGUUGAAAUUUGCUUUUGAAAAGACUAGUUUAAUUAUUUUUAAUUUUUAUAAUUAAAUUUAAGGCUCUAUUAUCUUGCAAAAAUUAUGUGAAAAAUAUUUUACAAGUAAAAACUUAUUUUCAUUUUUUAAUUAUAGUAUUAAAAAAUAAAGAAUGAUAAUUAAUUUAUGUAUAUAAAAUUUAAUUGUACUUUUAAAGUUUAAAAAAUGAUUUUGUUUUGGAUUAGGGUAAAGAAAGAAGGUAACUAUAUAAGUCAUGAGAAUGGAUACACUUGAAAAAAAAAAAAAAGAAACCUUUUACCCAUCCUCUGACAUGAUGAAUGAGCAUAUAUUUUUCUUUUCUUCAUCCUUCUUUUUAAAAGAAAUUAUUUUCUUUAAAAAUAGUUUAAUUUUUUUUAAAUAAGAAAAUAUUUUUAUUAACUAAAUAGUUCCAACGUUAUAAUAUAUAAAAAAUAUAUAUUUUUUUAAAUUGUGAAAUAAAUUCAAUAUCUUAGAAUUUAACCUAAUGCUUUUUCUACGGUAGUAAUUUAAACGGUAAUACCAAAUUAGGUUUUAGGAUAAUCAGUCAUGAAUUAGUAGUCGAGAAACCAUCAAUUUUUCCAAUUCAAUGAAGUGUGUUUAAAUUUCUGUUUUUUCCUUCCCUGCUCCUAAACGGGAUAAUAGCCGAUUACAUAAACCCAAAUGGUUGUAUUUAUCACAGUUAUGGAACAAAAUUUUAAAAAUUCACAGAAUUAAGGGUUCAAAGUUAUUCCACUUGCUUUUGGUGGCUUGACAUUUACAAGUUUGUUUUAUAAUAAAAGAAACCCAAAAAAUUUAAUUGAGUAGAAAUUUAUUUUAAAAAAUCGUGAAUGCUGAUGACUCAUUAAAGAUACCAUCCUCUUUGUAUUCUUCAUAGCAUUAGUUACAUAUUUGCGUCUGUAUUCUACAUUUUAACUUUUCUUAAUAAUUUAUUCUUUAUGCUAUUCCCUUUUUUUAAUAAAAAAUUUAGCCAUAUUUUAUUAUAUUCGUUGGGGCCUAGAAUAUGCCUUAUAUAAUAGAGAUAUUCUUUGUUUCUGUUAUUUUAUAUAUUUUUUAUUGCAUAACUUUUUUUUUGAACCAUUAAUUUCUAUUGAAAUUCAGGCCUUAUUACUCUAACCUUUCUAAUCUUAUAACUGGGUUUUGUAAAUUGUAUCAUUAGCUAAUAUAUCUUUUUUUAAGAUUAUGAGAUAUGAACUUAGGAUCGCAGAAGUUUGAGUCUUCGGAUUUCGAGACAUCAUUGUUGUCUAUCACCUAGUAGUAUUACUUAUUAGCUUAGCAUACAUAUCCCCCGAGUACCCUCUAUACAUGGGAAUGACAAGAAUACAAUUAAAAUGAAGGGGGAGUAUUUUGCCAAAAAGAAAAAGAAAAAUCCACAUACAUAAAUGACAAGGAUGGCGUCGGCUAGGCCAAGGAACUCUAGCUCAGCUGAACAAUUCAACUUCUAAUAGAUUCUAAAGCCUCCAAGUUGCUAACAAUUUUAUAAUCCAAUACUACCAAUUUUCAAAUUGGUACUAGACAGUCCAUGACCAAUCUCUUUCAGUCCAAAAAGAUUCAUAGUCUUCCCCAUUCCCAUUACCUGCCUUGUGUCUCCCACCACCCAAAAUGGAUCUUGAACAUAUCUCUAGAAAGUAGAAGCUCCAACGUCCUCAAAUUCUCUGCCAGUCGCCAUCACUUUUUAGUUUUGUAUUACUGUGGAUGACUUAGCAUCCUUGAUUAAUAAUAAUAAGCAAGUUGAUGCCAUUUUCUACCUUUAUAUCAGUUUCUGCAACUCAGAUUGAUAGAGGAUAUGGCGGAAGUUAGACUGGAAGAACCCCAAGCUUCCAUAUCCAGUAAUUCACCAAUCCAGAAUAGCAGGCCAAGCAGCAUGGUCAUCAAGAAAGCACACAGGGUAAUUCCAGCUCACUUAAUAGCUGAAGCCAUAUCAACACUCAGAGGCCUUGACCUGAGAUGGUCAGGACCAAUAACUCCUAGUGAAAUGGAGUACGUUAGGCAGUAUGUUUUCGCCAAGUAUCCUCAAUAUUGCAAUGGAAUUGUGGAAGAGGGAGACAAAAUUGAUCUUACCUAUCUUUCUAUAAACGAAGAAUCAUCAGAAUCUACUCGUGAUGAAAAGCGAAACAAUUCCCCCAAGAGUCUUGCCUCCAAAGAGUCGUCUUCUCCUUCAUACACUCGUAGCCUAUCUGAUCUUGACAAAACUCAACUGGAAGCAUCAAGACUUGUAGAUAUCCUUUCAAAGAAAACUUCAUUUCAAGGGAAUUUCAUAUCAAUCCCAGAAAUCCAAGCUCAGAAUCGAGCACUGAAACACACUGGCCUCAAUGAAGAUGACUACUUGGUUAUUUUCAUGCCAAGUUAUAGGGAAGCUAUGGUGAUGAUUGGAGAGAGCUACCCUUUCUUUAAGGGAAACUACUACAUGACCAUUCUGGGUGAAGAAGUUGACACCAUAAGGGAAUUUGCAACUCAUAAAGAAUCAAAAGUGGUUCCAAUGCCAGAAACUUGGUUGGACUUGAGGAUCAAAGGGUCACAGCUUAGCCAAUACUUUAGAAGGAAGUGUAAGUAUACACCAAAGGGGCUUUUCUCAUAUCCAGUUAUUGUGAAUGAGACUAGAUACUCUAUGCAUUGGAUUUCAGAGGCACACAGAAAUUCUUGGCACGUUCUUCUUGAUGCUACAGGCUUGGUUUUUGGGGAGGAUCGGCUGGCCCUUGCACUCCACAGGCCAGAUUUUGUGCUGUGUACACUUGAUAAUACACAUGGUCAGCCUUCAAAAAUCACCUGCCUCUUGGUCAGGAAAAUUUCAUUUGAUACCUCGGCUGCUUCUGCCUAGAUCUUAAGAGGUAACUUGCUGGUUAUAUGGAUUUAUAGAUGAGAUAUUCGCUUUAUUAUACUCUUGUAUUUGCCUUUUCUCCUCAUAAAAUUGUAAAAUUUGAAAGUUGAUCUUAAAUAAAUAAAUAAAUGAAAUAUAUUUCUUUUCAAUUAACAAAAAUAAAUUUCCUUUAUUUUGAUAUUAUUUUUCUCAACUCCCAACUGCAUUUCAAUGCCAAGUGGUGUGAAUUUUUUUUUUUUU